GCCAUCUCGCCGUGAGACAGCAGGAGGCUCCGCAGCGCGACGAUGUCCUCGCUAGCUACGCUCCCGGCGCCCGGCCGCGAUCUGUGGAUGGGGCCUUGCUGGACCGCGGGGCCCUCGCAGCAGCGCUUCUCGCCCUACGCCUUCAACGGCGGCACUGUACUGGCAAUUGCUGGAGAAGACUUUUCAAUUGUUGCUUCUGACACUCGGUUGAGCGAAGGAUUCUCAAUUCACACCCGGGACAGCCCCAAAUGUUAUAAACUAACAGACAAGACGGUCAUUGGGUGCAGCGGUUUCCAUGGCGAUUGUCUCACGCUGACGAAGAUCAUUGAAGCAAGAUUAAAGAUGUACAAGCACUCCAACAACAAGGCCAUGACCACCGGGGCCAUCGCCGCCAUGCUCUCCACCAUUCUCUACUCACGCCGCUUCUUCCCCUACUACGUCUACAACAUCAUCGGCGGGCUUGAUGAGGAAGGGAAAGGCGCCGUGUACAGCUUUGACCCAGUGGGAUCCUACCAGAGAGACUCGUUUAAGGCUGGGGGCUCGGCCAGUGCCAUGCUGCAGCCGCUGCUUGACAACCAGGUUGGAUUUAAGAACAUGCAGAACGUGGAGCACGUCCCCCUGUCCUUGGACAGGGCGCUGCGCCUGGUGCGGGAUGCCUUUAUCUCUGCUGCUGAGCGAGAUGUGUAUACGGGGGACGCCCUGCACAUCUGCAUCGUCACUCGUGAGGGUAUCCGGGAGGAAACCGUGCCCUUGCGGAGGGACUGAGCUGCCCACACUGUCCCUGUGGCUGUGGUCUGCAGCUUCGGUGAUCUUUUUUAUGGGCCUGUGGCCAGCCUGCUCAUUAAAGGCUUCUGGGCAUA